AUGAAGUACGUCGUGGUUUCUGGAGGUGUCAUCAGUGGCAUCGGGAAGGGCGUAAUUGCCUCGAGUACCGGUCUGCUGCUGAAGACUCAGGGUGCCCGAGUCACCUGUAUCAAGAUUGAUCCUUAUAUGAAUGUUGAUGCGGGAACCAUGGCCCCCACCGAACACGGAGAGGUGUUCGUUUUGAACGAUGGCGGUGAGGCGGAUCUCGAUCUUGGAAACUACGAGCGAUACCUCGGAAUCACCCUUGGAAGAGAUAACAAUAUCACAACCGGAAAGGUCUACAAGCAUGUGAUCGAAAAGGAGCGCCGCGGUGACUACCUUGGACGCACAGUGCAGAUUGUCCCUCACUUGACCGAUGCCAUUCAAGAUUGGAUUGAACGUGUGGCCAGAACCCCCGCAGACGACACCAAUGAGGAGCCCGAUGUCUGUGUUAUCGAGCUCGGUGGUACUCUUGGUGACAUUGAGAGUGCUCCUUUCGUUGAGGCUCUCCGUCAGCUGCGUCGUCGCGCUGGAAAGGACAACUUUGUCCAGAUCCACGUUUCCCUAGUUCCGGUCAUUCAUGAUGAAUUGAAGACCAAGCCCACUCAGCAGGCUAUCCGGGACGCUCGCUCAGCUGGUAUGAGCCCGGAUCUCAUUGCUUGCCGUUGCGAGAAGCCUCUUGACAAGGCUACCACCGAUAAGAUCGCUAUGUUCUGUCAGGUCGAGCCAGAGCAGGUGAUUGGCGUGCACAAUGUCAGCUCGACCUACCACGUUCCCAUGCUUCUCGAGCAACAAGGUUUCCUCGGUGUUCUGAGUGAUCUUCUCGCCAUGAAAAAGGUGGAGAUCCCUCAGGCUCAGUUUGCCAAGGGUCAGUCCACUUGGAAACAGUGGAAGACUCUUACUACUGCACAAGAACACACCUUUGAAACCGUCAACAUUGCUCUUGUUGGCAAGUAUGUCAGCCUGCAUGACUCUUACUUGUCCGUCAUCAAGUCUCUGGAGCACGCAUGCAUGGCUUCCCGCCGCAAACUCAACAUCAUCUGGGUCGAUGCCUCUCACCUCGAACAAGAGUGGGAGGAGACCAACUCCAAGGAGUACCACAAGGCCUGGUAUGAUGUUCACACUGCUAACGGUAUCUUGGUCCCUGGAGGUUUCGGUACCCGUGGCACCCUUGGAAUGAUUCGCGCUGCAGAGCACGCCCGCACUAAGAACAAGCCAUACCUCGGUAUCUGUCUGGGUAUGCAAAUUGCUGUGAUUGAAUACGCUCGCAACGUUCUCGGUAUCGAGGGUGCCCACUCAGUCGAGCUCGAUGAGCGUACCUCUGACCCUAUCGUGGUGUACAUGCCCGAAAUUGACCGUGCCAACCUUGGUGGUACCAUGCGUCUGGGUUCCCGUCCCACUAUUUUCCAAGAAAACUCCGAAUGGUCUAAGCUCCGCUCUCUCUACGGGUUGGACCGUGCCUCCGUCGAUGAGCGUCACCGUCACCGUUACGAGGUUAACCCCGAAUAUAUUGAGAGGCUCCAGGCGGCCGGUCUUCACUUCAUCGGUAAGGAUGACCAAGGUGAGCGCAUGGAGAUUGUUGAACUCAAAGAGCACCCCUGGUUCGUUGGUGUUCAAUUCCACCCUGAGUACAUUUCUCGUGUGCUGUCGCCUAGCAAGCCCUUCCUUGGAUUUGUUUCCGCUGCUGCCGGUGUCUUCAACCAAGUCCAAGCUCUGUCCCUGGCCAAGGAGCAGGAGGUGGCUAACGGCGUUAGCAACAUUGUUAUCUAA